UUGAAUUGCUCUCGGCGACAUCGUUUUCGACCCCUAGCUCGUGAAACCAGGCCUGGUUGGGAUCUCGCACGUACUCUGCGUUUCUUUUAUCUUGGAAGCGGCAUGAGCCCUCUACUCGGGAGAUGUAAUUUUUUUCUAGAACGACGAUUCCCUCUUCGAUCACGGAGAAGUCAAACCCGCGUCAGCUUCAGAGCUCUUUCAAAAUGUGUGGCUGCCGACCAGCUAAUAUGGAAGGUUUGGCCUGUAGCACAAAUGAUUUAUUUCCGAUAUAUGCCGCUGCCGUAUAGAAUACCUUUCCAGUCCGCCGAGAGGCAGCACCCAUCUUGUUCAUCGCCAGUAUCCCUGCACCUUGGACCGCAAGACGCGAUGGGUCCCGUUGGCUCUCAACACCGCAACUCUGACGUGUCUUGACAUUCUUGCUACCCUUCAUGCUGCAUUGCAGUGCCCACUCAG